CCGCACGCAUACAUCUUCAUGAUACAUAAUGUGCAUCUCACUUUAUUAGCGGAGGAUUUGGGAGUCACCUUUAUUAAGUGCAUAAUAUCUGCACCUUUAGAUGCAAAUACUUAGCACUUGUCUUAAUGUCUACAUACAUGAAAUACAUUUUCAUCCAUCUGCAAGAGACUUUCAGGUAUGUAUGUACAUAGUUGCCAUGAUGUUUAAGCGAAAUUGAGUGCAGAUGAAAAAGUAUGGUGCCCGCAUAUUUGAAAUAUAAUUAUUUUUGUGAAAAGACAUCCGCUGGCGUGGUCACUGUUCAUUAAAGUGCAUCUAAUAAAUGGCAUCAGUGAUUUUGAUAAUCGUGGCAAGCCCAAAAAAGCAGAUUAAUAAAAUCACAAAUCACCAACAGGAUGAUGUGCAUUUGAAGACAUUCGUCUGCAUUGAUCACUCAAGACCAUAAUACAAGUUUGCAUAAAGUCCCCUGCUUCUUUUGAAGGACUGAGCAAAAGAAGAAAAAGAUGGGGUUAUUUUGGCGAUGGAGAUUAAGGCAGAGGGGGGCUUUUUGUCAUUUGUGCGAGACAAGCCAUUCAUCCAUCCCCCGUUCAGAGCCCAAAAAAAAAGGCUGGUCCCAGAAAUUAGCAGUUUCAGCUCAGCGGCAGAGGCGUCGGGCUGUGAAGGAACAGAGAAAUUGACUAAUUAGCAAUGCGCACUAAAACUUGACGCUUCUCUCCAUAACGCAGAGAGAAAGAGAGCAAAGACUCGCCUUUUCUCCCCUCUUCCUUUUUCCAUAGAUGUUUGAAAUCGCAGUCAUUUACGCUCGACAGUUUUUACAAUAGCCUUGAGCCAUAAUUUUGCGAGUCUCUCCAGCAUCCAUACCCCUGCGCGGUCUCUCUCCACCGGCCAUGCGCGUCCGUUUCUCUCCCCGACCGUGGAUUUCCUAUUACUCUCGUUACGACUCACUGAGCCCCAGGCCCAAGGAUAAUGAUGUGUUGUUUCUUGGUAGCAUAAUUUGUCACACGUAUAUUUCUUCUUCUUCUUCUUCUCUUGCAGAAAGCACACGGCUCCUCUCGCACUCACACACAGUUCUUUCGGGUAAUUUUGGGCAAACGCAAAUGAUCAGAGGAACAAAUACUAAGCUUCGGAUGAGUGGAUAUCAAUUAUCUUUAUUCUGAUCCGUCCAUCACAGACUUUCGAAAAGAAGACAGAACGGACAAAGAAAGUGCAGCGAAGGACUUGAAGCUUCACUUUUAACUCGGGAGGUGUGCGCAGCCCCGGAGUCAUGUCCAGAUCGGGUGACCGAACCUCCACGUUUGAUCCGACCCACAGCGACACUCUGCUGCACGGUCUCAACCUGCUGUGGAGAAAGCAGCUCUUCUGCGAUGUGACUCUCACCGCACAGGGACAGCAGUUCCACUGCCACAAAGCCGUGCUGGCGUCCUGCUCCCAGUAUUUCAGGUCUCUGUUCUCCACGCACAUGCUCAACAGAGAGGACGGGCUGGCGAGCAAGGACCAAGGCAGCAGUGGCACGCCGUCCUCCUCGCCGGACGACAAGCUCCUGCCCAGCCCGCGCUCUGCCAUCAACAACCUGGUGCUGCAGGGCUGCUCGUCCAUCGGUCUCCGGCUGGUGCUGGAGUACCUCUACACCGCCAACGUGACCCUGUCCCUGGACACGGUGGAGGAGGUGCUCUCCGUCAGCAAGAUCCUCAACAUCCCGCAGAUCACCAAGCUCAGCGUGCAGUUCCUCAACGACCAGAUCUCCGUGCAGAACUACAAGCAGAUCUGCAAGAUCGCAGCCCUCCACGGCUUGGACGAGACCAAGAAGCUCGCCAACAAGUACCUGGUGGAGGACGUGCUCCUCCUCAACUUCGAGGAGAUGUGCGCCAUGCUGGACGCCCUGCCUCCGCCCGUGGAGUCAGAGCUGGCUCUUUUUCAGAUGUCCGUCUUGUGGUUGGAGCACGACAGGGAGACCAGGAUGCACUACGCUCCUGACCUGAUGAAGCGCCUGCGUUUCGCCCUCAUUCCUGCCCCGGAGCUGGUGGAGAGGGUGCAGUCCGUGGACUUUAUGAGGACUGACCCGGUGUGCCAGAAACUGCUGUUGGAUGCCAUGAACUACCACCUGAUGCCCUUCAGACAGCACUGCAGACAAACUACAGCCAGCAGGAUUCGCUCAAACAAACGGAUGCUCCUGUUGGUCGGGGGCCUGCCACCAGGCCCCGACCGCCUCCCCAGUAAUCUGGUUCAAUACUACGACGACGAAAAGAAGACAUGGAAGAUCCUUACAAUAAUGCCAUAUAACAGUGCCCAUCACUGUGUGGUUGAAGUGGAAAACUUUCUGCUGUUAAUGGGUGGAGAGGACCAGUGGAACCCUAAUGGCAAGCACAGCACUAACUUCGUAAGUCGAUACGACCCAAGAUUCAAUAGCUGGAUUCAGCUGCCUCCCAUGCAGGAAAGGAGAGCGAGUUUCUUCGCUUGCUGCCUGGAUAAGCACUUGUAUGUUGUUGGGGGAAGGAACGAGACAGGUUAUCUGUCUAGCGUUGAAGCCUAUAACCUUGAGACAAACGAAUGGAAUUACGUUUCGUCUCUUCCCCAGCCGUUGGCUGCACACGCAGGGGCCGUGCACAAUGGGAAAAUAUACAUCUCAGGUGGAGUUCACAACGGAGAAUACGUGUCUUGGCUUUACUGCUACGACCCCGUUAUGGACGUCUGGGCUCGGAAACAAGACAUGAACACUAAGCGAGCCAUACACGCUCUCGCAGUUAUGAACGAUCGCCUGUAUGCUAUUGGCGGCAAUCACUUAAAAGGUUUUUCUCAUCUGGAUGUAAUGCUGGUUGAAUGCUACGACCCCAAAGCAGACCAGUGGGAUAUUCUGCAAACGCCGAUCCUGGAGGGACGAAGCGGCCCUGGAUGUGCCGUUCUUGAUGAUAGUAUUUACUUAGUUGGUGGCUACAGCUGGAGCAUGGGAGCCUAUAAGUCAUCCACCAUUUGUUACAGCCCGGAGAAAAGCACAUGGACAGAAAUGGAAGGGGAUGUGGCAGAACCUUUAGCCGGACCGGCCUGUGCCACAGUCAUACUGCCGGCCUGUUUGCCAUUUAACAAAUAACUGCACAGUGCAAGACAAGUGCAGUGAAGAAGAGGAAAACGCCGUUGGGAUGGAAAGUCCAUCGCUAAACAAAAUAAACAAGAGGACUCUCUUAAAUGAACGCCUGCAGCUUUUUAAAAGGAGCUGAUGAGCUGUAGAGAUUAUUUUUUUACUGGUCGGACAAGAGCACUUUGUUUCUUUCAUACCUAAAAAAAAAGUUGAUAAAAAACUGAUAUAAUCAUCAACUUUACGUAUUUGAUGCUCAUGUGUGUUGACAUUCAACUGCUCAUAUUCAAUCCGUUUUUUAUCGUAAAUAUUUUCGCUGAACUCGACAUGGCACGCAUACUUUGACCAAAUCAAAAGAUCUUCCAUAUGUACGCCGAUCGAAGACAAUGAACUGCUGAAGUGGGUUGACAAAGGACGAUUCAUGUUUUUUUACAAGCAAAAUCACGAUUCUGUGUACACUGUAGACUAGCUGUUUAAUAUAUAUCACGUCAUGUCUGCUUGUUAGAUAUUGUGGCCAUACUUAAUUCGCACAUUGUUAUUUGUACAGAAGAGAGGGGAAUAAAUGUCAAUUAAAAAAAUAACUUUCAGUUAAACACAGACACUUUUUAUUUAUCGGUUGAACAAUCAGUCAACAUUAUUUACUUAGCCAUGUGGUAUAUAUGCAUGGCGUGAAGUGGAAAGCUUAUUGUGCUAUACUGUGGGUACACGUUUGUUUGUUGAAAUCUCAUAUCUCACAGUGCCUAUUUUUAGCAAAUGGCUGCUUUGUUUAGUAAACCUUUUUUGCAUUUUGGCAGCCUUGUAAAAAAUCAGACAUUUUAAAUAAUCAUUAAUUAUUAUACUGAUUGGUUUCUCCCAAGCGUGAAAAGAAUCUGAAUUUGUUGCACUGAUAUUUGUUGGCCCUUUUCGUAAGUAAAAGGGAUUUUUUUUCUUGUACAUAAUCGCUUGCAGUGGGAUAUUUUUGUGCUCAUGGGAUUUAUUCUCAAAUCCUGUUAUGUUCUUUACAUUUUAGUCUAUGAAAAUAAAAUUUCUGAA